AACCGACGCCAUCGAACAAAAUAUUGGACAUUUGAAAUCGUGAGUUUUUACUUUUUAUUGUUUGGCAACAUUAUUAGUUUGUGCUUGUUUAUGGAUAGAUUGUUGUAAAAAGGUGAUUCAUUGUUUACAAUGCGUAGAGUAGUGUUUAAUAGUAAAAUUAAAAGAAGGGGGCCCAUAAACCAGCAAGCUGGCGAUAAACUGGUGGAAGGAGCCCGACAUGGGAGUGCCUGCCGGGGAGCGGCAAGGCUGCUCGGCGGCGCGGGUGUGGCGAGCGGCGUGUAACACGCUCGUCGCGCCCGCUGCCGACGACGCCUGGAAGCAGAUAGUCGACGCCUCGCCGCCUGACAGCAUGUGGCACUCGCUCAGGAACUGUGUCGCUUACCAGGCGGGGGUAUGGCAGAACCUGUUGAUGAAAGGCAUAGAUGACGUCAUUCAGCCGGCCGCUUUCAAACUAGCCAUAGUAUUACGUCAUACGCCCUCUGAACUCGCUGCGAAGUUAUUAGCAGAGCUGCUCAGCUUACAUCCGCAAUCUCAAGACCUAAUCUCCUACGUACUGGCACUCCUCACCGACGACGAGGCCUGGUGCGGGUCGUGUGGAUGCAACGCUGUUUUGGGCUCACCGGCGCCACUCCGCGACCUGCAACUCUUCGGGGACCUGGAACUGGCAGUCAUGGCCGCCUCGCGCGAGGAGUAUGACGCACAUGCCAAACUCGUGAGAGCUGAGUACUCGAAGCUCACAAACGAUAAUUACGUAGAGCUAAGGAUUAAGGUUUUAAACCAAUUCACCCAAAUACCAAAACUAUACCACACGCCUGAGUUCGAAUGCUUUGAAGUAGCGGCGAGAGAGAACAUCGAGCGAGAAAUAUGCACACUCAGAGAGCACUUACUCACCGGCCGGAAAGACUAGCCACUGUCCGACUUGACAAAUGACAGACGGUGUUUUUGACAGCUGUCAAACUAGCUUGUCAAACGUUAUUGAGCUGUGAAAUGUCAAAAACACCACGCGCGGCGAACGUGCUGGGUUCAAAUAAAUGUAAUGAAGCAAAUUUUGCUUUUUGUCGAUAGCUUGAAGCGCUGAACGGAUCGAAGCCCCAAUAUAUUUACAAUUUUAAAUAGAGCUUAUUUUUUCGUUUUUUAUUAAAA